CCCGCUGCUUAAGCCGCUACUUGAGUUCUCAUUUUACCGCGCUGAUUGGCUGAUGGAAUCGUGGCCUCGCCGACGCCCCACCUAUAUAUAAUGGCCGAGGGAGCCUCGUGAGGCAUCAUUCACUCGACACAUUUGCAAGAACUCUCAUCCCUUCACACGAAAGAUCAUCAAGAUGGCCGGCAUUACCACCCGCUCCGUGGCCCGUCUCCUCACCUCCAUCAGAACCACUCCGACGCUCCGCGGCUCCACCUCCUCCACCAGGACCAUCGCCAGCUUCAAGGGCCUGCAGAGUCUCGCCGAGCCGGGGAAGAUUCCGUCCGAGGCCACGGAGGAAGAUCCCUUCAUGAGCAAGCACCUCGACGCACUCUCCGCCUGGCACGAGGAGGCCGAUAAGAUGCGGGACUCGCGGAUCCUCCCCGACGGUGAGGACAUGCAGGUGAACUUCAGCGAACAGGUGGUGGAGCUCCUGGAGGAGAUGGUGGAGAGUGGGGUCUUGGACCCUCGCACCGGGUGGCUCAGCCAGAUGGUAUCCAACAGUACAUGAAUUUUUUUUCUUCAGCCUUCUCCUCAUGCCUCGUUCAGUCUCAUCGUGAUUCAUCCCGAAAUAACUCCGCCCAUUUCACUUGUAAGUUGUAACCGUGACUUCUCAUCGCCUCUUCAUCUCAGUUCUUUACUUGUUAUCAUUUUUCUUUUUGUAUUGUUACGUCCUGACGAAAUGUUUGUUUACAUUAGUUCACAUUCACAUUGACAAGGGAGCUUGUUGCUCCUGCUAGGAAAGACACGUGAAUAAGUGUGUAUUUGUAAUCGUUCAACAAACAUAAAUAAUGACAACACCACUGGCGCGAGGAAUGCAUUGUGCGCCAGUGAAGAGAAUGUAUACCACUGGACGCUGUGAUUAGGAUGAAUAAAAGUAUUAAUCGUAUCAAAGCUUUGAUGAUUAUAAUCGCUCCCCACACACACACACAUACUUAAUUAAGCAACAUAUUUUUUUCGGGGUUUCUUUUCUUUUGGGCGGAGAAACAUAUCGAAGUAAAAUCCACUGAAUGACAAUUAGCAAUCCUUUCACUUGACCAUAUAAUCAAAUUUAAGGAGAUGAAAAAUGGUUCUCGCGUCCAUCCUGUGAGCCACUUUUGACUGCUGUGAGGAGAGACCUUUGCAACUGCUAAAUGACUUCACGAGCAAUAAAACAAUAAGAAAAGCAAUCAUCACUUUUAUUAUCGCCAUCAUUUUCGUCAUUACCAUCAAAUUACCCCAAGUUUCAUAUAAUGUCUGGGGAGUCAAAACGCUUCCGCCAAAGGGAAAUAAAAAGCCACGGGAGUAAACAAAAAAGGUGGCAAACAAGUCAUGGAAAGGACGAACAGAUCAGGCAGGGGGACAGGGACAGUCAGGUUGGUAUUCUCAGACCCUUCCGCCUCUCGCAUCAACUAUUUCCAAAGGCCAAAAACGAGAUCAACUGGGUUCUCAAGAGUAGUUUUUAUAGAUUCAUGGUACAGAAGAAGGGUCAAACUGCCACCAGGGUCAUUAAACUACCCCUGGAAAUGCCCAAAACUCCUAUGAAAACCGUGUCAAAUUUGAGGUUUGGGGCGCCGAAAUGUUUGAGCAAGACGAUUUUUUUUUUUUACAGAAAAGGAGACAGCUCAAGGGCACAAAAAAAGGAAACAAUAAUAAAAAAAAAAGCCCGCUACUCGCUGCUCCUAAAAAAAAAAAAAAAAAAUCAAAAGAGGGGGCCGAAAGAGAGGUCAAUUUCGGGAGGAGAGGUGUCCUGAGCUUGGUGUACAGUCAUUUGCAUACACUCUACCCUUUUCCUUAGUCUAUCUUCGUCUGCCAUUAAACAAGCAUAUAAAAAACAAG